CUUCAAUCCUUUUCCCUUUUGUCUUUCCUUGUCCUCCUGAAGCAAAAAAUAUACCUCUCUCCCCCCCCUCCCAAAACAUUUCUUUAUUUUCUUCACUAAUAUAAAUGCAUCUCAUUCAAUGCAAAACUCCAUACAAAUACAGUAGCAGUAGCAGCAUUAGUGGUAGAAGGAGAAGGAGGAGAAGGAGAAGAAGAAGCAGCAGAAGCAGAGUAGAUUUAGAAGCAUAGGCAUCAUCUUCUCCCCCCCCCCCCCCCCCAAAAAAAAAUUUCCCAUGCUGUCAGCCUCUGCUCAAGCAGAGAUCUUCUUGGGUGUGAAUUUUUGCCCGAAAGGAAAAGGCUUUAUGGUGUUUGAUUUGCAGCAGCCAGCGGCUUAAAUUUCUUUCCUUUUCUUGAAAGAGGAUAAAAAGGGAGGAGCUUUCAUCUUCCCAAGUCGUGCUUGUUGGAGCUGAGUGGCGGGCAAUGGGAUCUGAGCAGAAUAGAUUCCCCCAGCAGCAGAGGCAGGAGCUGCGAAAGAGAUGGGGAGGCUGUUGGGGCGCCUUCUCCUGUUUCGGUUCACAGAAAGGCGGAAAGCGCAUUGUUCCCGCAUCGCGACUUCCCGAUGGAAGUGCUGCCGUUCCCCAAAGAAAUGGACCUCAGGCAGGUGGGUUGCCCAAUGGGCACAACCAGGGCCAGACACUUGCUCCAUCCAUCUUUGCACCACCCUCUUCACCAGCUUCCUUCACACACUCUGCUCUCCCUUCUACUGCUCAGUCUCCCAAUAAUUUCCUAUCGUUAUCAGCCAACUCACCUGGCGGACCUUCAUCGACAAUGUUUGCGACAGGCCCAUAUGCACAUGAGACCCAACUUGUCUCCCCUCCCGUCUUCUCAACUUUCACCACUGAGCCCUCCACUGCACCCUUCACUCCACCACCUGAAUUGGCCCACUUGACCACCCCUUCUUCCCCGGACGUCCCCUUUGCUCAGUUCCUAACCUCUUCGAAGGACCUCAAAGGUGCUGAUAAGACCAAUUAUAUGGCAUCGAAUGAUCUCCACUCAGCGUACUCACUCUACCCUGGAAGCCCUGCGAGCAGCCUCAUAUCACCGAUCUCAAGGGCCUCAGGCGAUGGCUUAUCUUCGUCUUUCCCCGAGCGUGACUUCCCACCUAACUGGGAUCCUGCUGCCUCUCCGCAGAGUGACAAGUCUUCUAGAACUGGUUCAGGCAGGUUAUAUGGACACAGCGGUAAUGGUCCCACCAGAGGGUCCCAUGACACAAACUUCUUCUGCCCUGCCACUUUUGCCGAAUUCUACUUGGAUCACAACCCACCAUUUCCCCAUACUGGUGGGAGGUUAAGUGUUUCCAAGGACUCCGACAUUGUCUAUACGAGCAACCAGAGCAGGCAGGUCCAGAACAAGAGUCCCAAGCAAGACCCAGACGAAAUAGAAGCUUAUAGAGCUUCUUUCGGGUUUAGUGCCGACGAGAUCAUCACGACCCCUCAGUAUGUGGAAAUUGCUAAUGUGGCUGCAGAGGAUUCUUUCACUAUGAGACCUUUUACUUCUAACAAUAACCCACCCUUGGAAGAAGAAGAGUGUCGGGGACAUUCUCUGGUUGGCGCAGGAGAAAAGGCAGAGAAGCAGCCUGUGAGUUUGGUUUCUUCGAAAAGCCUUGAUUCUGUUCCUCCUUCCAAUGAUGAUCACAAAGACCUUAAGCCAUGGAGGCAACCAGGGAAAGUCUCAGGUUCAAGCACACCUGGAAUCCAUGUCCAGACUGAAGACGAAGAGGAAGAUGUAUUCUCAAAAAUGAAAUCUUCCAGAAACAGCCGAAGAUACCAUCUCGAGUCAUCCAUGUCCGACGCAGAGAUUGAGUAUCGGAGAGGAAGAAGCUUGCGAGAAGGCAAAGGCCGAUCCACAUGGAAUUGCUGAUGGUAGGUUGUGGUCGAGAUCGAGAGCAAGAGAGAUGGUAGCCUCUAGUCAAUAUGUUCAUAUAAAAAAAUAUGUUCCUUGUUUCUUUUGGGUUGUUAAUAUUCUGGUCUUUUGGGGGUUAUCAGUUGAUUGGUGAGGCAAAAUCUAACCUGUAUUUAACCCUUUGUCUCUCUUCUUCCCCCCUUUCUUACUAUGUCUGUGGUCUUGGGGCAAACGCUGGACAAAUUUUUCUGGUCAAGGAAUGUGCUUGAGGAUAUGUUUCCUUUUGCAUUAGAAGCUAGAUGGAGGAAUGAAUCUGAUCUUAUUAUA